GCCCGGGCGGGGGGCUCUGCGCCCAUCUGUCCGUCCGUCCACCUCUCCGUGGGCGGGCUGGGUGGAUGUAAGCCUCACCUCAGCAGGCACCGCUGUCUUUACCUCGGCACUGGGAAAGCUGCCAGUGCUCCACAGUUUUAGAUUACAAUGGAUAUUACAAGGGGGAGCUUGGAUAAAAUUUCAAGGCCUGCAUCUAGCUCAAGAGCUUAUACUAGUUGUAGAUCUUUAAGUGCAUCUGUGGAGUUAUUAACACCAGAGCCAUGUUUGCCAAAGGUUGAUUCACCUGUCAGUCUUGGUGGUAGUCAUCAAAGAAAUUCAGAAGACUGUUCUCCAGAAAAAAACAAAGGUGAUGGCAGACGGAAAUCUGAUACCAAGGAAGUAAGAACAGAUCAGCAAGCCUCAGUGGAGAGUGUGUCCUCCUUUUUUCAGGAGUGUGUGCUGAAUCCCAAUGAGUCAGGAUGUGUCUCUAAUUCAGAUUCUGGAGAUGAUAGCACUGAAACACAGACUUUGAAAUUCUGUGAACCUUCCCAAGGAAAAACAAGUAAUGCCAAAGAGGCAAAUUCUUCCAAGUUAGAAGAUUCUGAAGAGACAGAAGGAGAUCCUCAGAUUCAAGCAGCCAUAAGGAAAAUGAAAAAGCUUGAUACAAUACUAGCAAAAAAACAUUUUAAGGAAAGCACAAUUAAAAAACAAGGCAAAGAAAUGAGAACAAAGCUCUGGAAAGAAAUUCAGUCUGACAGUAACACUGGAAGCCAUGAAGAGAUAGAAAACACAAAACUUUUCUUAACUUUGAUCUCAUCAUGGCAGGAUACAGCUGAUCCCUUCCACGUUAAAGAAGAUGAAAUAUGUACUUCGGUAUUUCACACACAAAUUAAUCCAGAAGAUUAUGACUGCCAUAAAAUCCAACAUAAUAAAGAUUAUCCAAGUGAAAUAGAAACAAAUGAUUUUCUUCAAGCAGAAAAAACACAGAAUAAAAGUAAGAACAAUCAGAAUUUCAUUAAAAAGAAUGCUGAGCUAGCAAAAGAUUCAGGAAACCAGAUAGCUAUGCUUGAAGGAGAAAGGAAAAGGUUAAGUGAACUAUUGAAAGAUACAGAAGAUGGAAGUGAAUUGCAAGAUCUUGAGGAUGAUGAAUCUGGCUGGCUAGCACCAGGAGAAGGGUACACACCUGAACCGAUGGAAUUUCAUCACCUAAAUGAGAUAGACAUUAAGCUUCAAAUGCUGCUAUCUAAUGGGGAUUUUUCUGCAAUUUCAAGCUCUUACUCCAAAUCUCCAAGCCAGAUUUAUCAGGAGUCUCUGGUUUAUGCAAACAGAAGCCUAGAAGCAGUUCCAGGUGAGAAGGUUCUACGAGACAAUAAGGAACAUCGCGAUCAACAAAACCGUCUGAAAGAGAUAGAUCAUCAACUGAAAUCCCUACAGAGAAAUUUUACUGAAGAGAAAACGGGCCUCUCUGAAGAGCAGCUUAAGACCCUUCUGGAAGAAUGUAUGCAGCCUCAGAGAACAAUAAGCAACGUUACCAUGCCAAAGUCUCAGGAAUCUCUUUCUUGUGGAUUAAGUCCCCCUUGUUACACAAGUCAAGACUCCACUCUUCACUCCACAUCUACUCUUUCCAAAAUGUUAGUUGAAGACCAUAUUGUAGGGACGUUAACAGCUCAGGAAAAGGCUGGACUUGAAGACAAAAGCUUGUGUGUUAAUGCAGAGAGUGAAAUCCCUGGCUACUAUAUCAGCAAAGCAUUGGCUGAUAGUCACUUAUCAAAGGAUUCACUGGCCCAAACAGAGGAACCUGAUGACCUAGAAGGUUUACAGAAGAUGAGAGAUAAGAGUAUUAAAGAAGGUUACUUUAUGUCAAGAGCACUCAACACAAAAAGGUUGAAGAAACCUUCUUUCUUGGGUGAACCAUUAUACUGCAUCAGCAUGAACAAUGAGCCAUCCACAGAGGCUGACAUUCUCAGCAUACCACUGCAAACCAAAGGAGAUGAUACAAAGACUGGAAGUUGAGGGGACAGUGAUCGCAUGCUUCUUUACACAACUGUUUUUCUAAAAGUGUCACUAAACUUCCAUCAGUGAUGUUAUACUGAUACAAUAUCAUUUCAGACACUCUGAAGGGAAUGAAUUAUCAUCAUUGAAAACUUUUCCAUGACAUCAUUUAUUCUUAAGAGAAAAUUAUUAUCCUAUACUGUUGCAGUUUGAUUUCAAAAUAUAAACUCUUUCACUUCAUUAAGUUUCCUGAGAGCGCUCCAUCUAAUAAAUAAAUAUAUAAUUGUGUAUCUGGCUGUCUGAUAAUGUAAAGUAAAACUUGUGAAGUUCCAUUUCUACUGACAAGACUUUUUCAGAAUGGAUUUGAAAUGUAUAUAAUAAUAGUUUUUUUUU